AUGUACAAGGAGGCUAGCGCGGUGCUCUAUGGCUCCAACAUCUUUAAUCUCGUGGAAACAACGGAGAAGCAGCCCGACCUCCUGCAUUCCUUCCUUGCUUGCAUUGGACCUUCGAACUCUGGUGCCCUUACCCACUUGUGUAUCAAGUUUCCUGGCGUGGAGAAAGCGCAGGAUCGCACACAGCGAUAUAAGCUGACGGAAGAAAGCCUGCGCAGUUUGAAUCUCCUCAAGCAAGAAUGUACUUGCUUAAAGACGCUUGAGCUCUUCAUCCAUAGUCAGAACGCGAGUGGCCUGACCCAGGUAAUACAGGACAGCCCAACUUUAGCCACCGAGGCAUUAUCGCAAAUUAAAGCGCAGCUGAACACAAUUGGCUCCCUAGUAAAUAUCAUUGUCAGAGUUUAUGAUAGGGGCCUGAACCUUUCAUUAGAGAGAUCCAUGCAAGGUCUCGGCUGGACCGUUUUACGCGGCGACGAAAUGGCUCAUGGAUGA